UUCAACUACUCAUUUAGCACAUGCUUCCUGGUUCCUUGCCCUGUCGCCUCUGUCUUUCCAGAAACCAGAUCCUGCUGGAAUCAUCAUGGACUCGCUGGCCCCAGCAAGCGCUUGGUUUGGGUUGGAUCUUUUCAAAGACCUGAGUAAAACGGAUGAAGGCAACGUCUUGUUUUCCCCUGCGGGCAUCUCAACCACCAUUGGAAUGCUGCCCCCGGUGGCCCCGGGGGCCACUGCCACCCAGGUGCAGGAGUUAGAGAAGACAGAAGAGGUACAUCAACAGUUCCAAAGGGUUUUGAGUGAGAUAAGCAAACCCAAUGAUGACUAUGAACUGAAAAUAGCCAACCGGCUGUUUGGAGAAAAGACAUACCUCUUCCUUCAAAAAUACUUAGAUUAUGUUGAAAAACAUUACCAUGCUUCUCUGGAACCUGUUGAUUUUGUAAAUGCAGCAGAUGAAAGUCGAAAGAAGAUUAAUUCCUGGGUUGAAAGCCAAACAAAUGAAAAAAUCAAGGACCUGCUUCCAGACGGCUCUUUAAGCAGCUCCAUCAAGCUGGUGGUGGUGAACGUAAUUUAUUUUAAAGGGCAAUGGAACAGGGAGUUUAAGAAAGAAAAUACCAAGGAGGAGGAAUUUUGGCUGAAUAAGAGCACAAGCAAGUCUGUGCUGAUGAUGACACAGCGCCAGUCCUUUAGCUUCAAGACCCUGGAGGACGUGCCUGCCAAAAUUCUGGGCCUUCCGUUUCGAAACCAUGACCUCAGCAUGUUCGUGCUGCUGCCCAAUGACAUCGACGGUCUGGAGAAGAUUAUAGAUAAAAUAACUCCUGAGAAGUUAAUAGAGUGGACUAGCGCGGGGCGUAUGGAAGAGAGGGCCGUGGACUUGCACUUGCCCCGGUUCCGGGCGGCCGGCAGUUACGACCUGGAGGCCGCCUCCGCGGGGCUGCGCGCCGCCGGCCUCGCGGGGAGCCCCGGGGGCGCCGGGCUGCGGGCCCGCAGGCUGCUGCACAGAGCGGUGCUGGAGGUGACCGAGGCGGGCACCGAGGCUGCGGCCGCCACCGCUGUGGGCUUCGCCGUCACGGCGGCCCCGGACUGGGAACGUUUUCACUGCAAUCACCCUUUCCUGUUCUUCAUCAGGCACAACGAGUCCGACAGCGUCCUUUUCUUUGGCCGAUUUUCUUCUCCUUAGUACGGUCCCUGCCUUGGUGGAGAACCACCACCACCACCGGUGCUGGGGUGUUCAUAGGCUUAUGGAAAUAGCCUGCUCUUUAAAAAAUUGCUUUCCUUGGAUUCCAGCCUUACCAUGAAAAUCAAUGAUUAAUGACUGCAAUAGUGUAUAUAUUUACAAUUUUCUCUGAAACUGAAAUGUUUUGUUUGUGACGUGCAGAUAGCAAGUCAAAUCAAGGCUCCCUAAUAGUCUUCCGCUGAUUUCCUCUAGGAAAUCAAUGCUUUGUACUUUUGUGCACUAAUGGAGAGAAACAGUCUCUUUUGUGAAGACCGUGGACUAGUGAUUUUGAGACUCCUACCAGUUUUAAUAUUUUGGUAGCUUAUAACACAGGAGUAAAAGAAAACAAAGAUUUAUAUUCAGUUCAUGUGUUGCUUUUUUCUUUCUUAGCAUAUAGUGUGGCAAACUGAACCUAGGAAAGAGAAUUGAGAAACACGUUAGCAAAACGUAAAUUAAAACUCAAAAACCAAAACAAAAUAAAGCAAUCUACCAGGCAGAGAGGAUUCCCAUAUUUUCAUCCUCUGUUCAAAUAGUAGAUUAUCCAUUGUCAUUUUCAUGAGCAUUUUGAUAUUGUGAAAUAAAUGUGAUCAUAAAAUACACCAUUUUAAGCCUAGAACUUGACACAUUUUGAUAAAUGUGCACAUGAAAACACUAUCACACCCAGAAUACAGAACACUUGCAUCAUCCUCCGAGGUUCUUUGCUUUGCUUCUGAGUCAGCGUUCCUUGAACAAACCCUGAUCAGCCAACAGCUGAUCUGCCUUCAAUCACUCCAGGGUGGAUCUGUCAUUUCUAGUUUCAUUCAAAUGGAUUCAGACUAUGUCCUCUUUUAUGUUUAGCUUCUGUCACUCGGCACUGUGUUUUGAGAUUCAUGAGACUAGCUGGGACAUCAGUAGUUGAUUACUAUCUACUGACAAGCAGUGUUCCACAUCUGGAUAAACCACAUUGUGUUUAUCCAUUUACUCACUGACGGGCAUUUUUGUUGCUUCCAGUGUAUGGCAGCUGUACACGAUGCUUGUUGUUUAGUUGCUAAGUCGUGUCCAAAUCUUUUGUGACCCCAUGGACUGUAGCCUGCCAGACUGCUCUGUCCCUGGGAUUCUCCAGACAAGAAUACUGGAGUGAGUAGCCCUUUCCUUUUCCAGGGGAUCGCCCCAACAUGGGGGUUGAACUCACGUCUCCUGCAUUGCAGGUGGAUUCUUUACCUCUGAGUCACCAGGGAAGCCAAUGAAUAAUGUUACUAUGCCCAUAAGUGUGUGAACGUAUGUUUUCACUUCUCUUUGAGUAGAUAGCCAGGGGUGAAAUUACUGGGUCAGAUGAUAAAUACAUGUUUAAUUGUAUAAGAAACAGCUAAUAUGUUCUCCAAAAUGGCUGUACCAUUUUCUACUACAAGCAGUGAGUGAACAUCGCAGUCGCCCUGAAGACACACCGGUGGGUAGUGUGGCCAGUCUGCUUCAUUAUAGCCAUUCUCGUGGAUGUGAGGUGGCAUCUCAUUGUGGUUAUGCAUUUUCCUUUUGACUAAUAAUGUUGAGCAUCUUUUCAUGUGCAUAUUGACCCUGCGUGUAUAUUCUUAUGUGAAAUGUCUGUUCAAAUUUUUUGCCCAUUUUUAUUAGAUUGUUUACUUUCUCAUUAUUGAUGUGUAAUUUCUUUUAAUAUAUUCUAAAUAAAAAUUUUCUGUCAGAUGUA